CUCGUGCAGAUGGUGGCCGCGGAAAGCGUGGGUCUCGCGCUGCUGUGGGUGACGGUGGCAGUGCUGCAUAUAUCCGCACUUAUCGCAGGGUUCCUGGACCUCGACGUCAUGUUUCAUUUUGUUAUUGCGUUUACCAGUUAUCUGGUCAUCACGCACCUCUUGCUUAACGGAUGGCUCGUGCGCAUAUACUGGGAUAAAAUAAGCCGGUCAAAGGCAGUAUUACUUUAUGUCACAUUCACCAUUCCUCUUUACUUGUUGUUGUUCCGCGUCCGGCAUGCUGUGGCCGCCUUUCGUGGAAAGAACCAGGUCGUGGCUCGGCGGGAGGCUCUGAAAGCCAGGUACGCCACCUCUAUCGAAAACAGUGCCGUCGUGGAAUUCCCAUCUUUAAGUGCGGCAGUGCGUCGCGCGAGCUGCGUUCCUCUCAGCACUGAAAUGUCGACGAAUGGCUCCCAAGGCGACAGUGAAGUCCCUCUUAGUUCGUGGGUCGUCACAGAAACAAACGUGGAUGCCGGCAGCAAGUUGAUCAAGAUGAGCUCCGACGACGUAGGGGUGAGGGAGCCGAAUAGCUUUUCGCAUCUUUUCAUGAGUGAUUUAUCCGAGCUCGUCGCCGGCAGGAAGACGCUCUCAUUCCACUUCGUCUUGAAUGCGAAUAACGACAUCAUCCACGUCUCGAAGACCAGCACCCUGCCCAACGGACUGCCAGACCGGGUUCUCAGCCUAAGUCCUCUCACAGUUUGCAAUGAUACCCAUUACUUGAUCAACCUCAGCCAAGGCACUGGGUAUGAGGUUGUCGCUAUAGCAGCGAGAAAUGAAAAAUCCUGUGUUACUGUUACACAGGCUAACUAUUCAUCAUUUAUAUGGUGUUUUACACUGUACAGCACCGCCCUCUUGGUCUAUGGACUGCUAGUGAACUUAAGUUAUAACGGCAGAGCCACCGGGUUGUAUCACGCCGGCUGGAUGUUCACAGCCGCCGCCUGGUUCCUCACGUGCCGGGGUGUGGACGAGCCUUGGACUGACACCUUCGCCAAGAUACCGCUGCGGUUGUGUUUCACCGUAUGCCGAAUCGUUCUGAUGUGUGCCGUCGCCUUGGGCGGGCUGGGCAACGUCGCCAUCAUGUACCUGAGCGCCAAAGCAGCGGGAUAUCUCGCCCUGGUCGGGGAGUUAGUCUACAAGAAUCUCAGAAGGAAUGUGCGUCUUUGGGGCGACGUCGUGGACCGGUAUUUCUUCGACAAGACUUUGGUGAUGAGCUACCAAGGGGGCGAGAGCGUCGUCUGCUGCGGUUGGGCCAUUUGGUGUCACGUCUGCCAGCCCUCCGAGCAUAGCCUCGCCCUGCUCGUCGCUGUGUUGCUGGGCCAGGCUGCUGGGAUGAUUUACCUGAACUUCGUGAGAAGGUUUCUGAAAGAGCCCUUCAAGAAUCCUGUGCGCAUCCUUAUGAUGGCGAAGGACAGACUGAAUGCAGCGGAGAAAAGUAUCUGAUAUAUUUAAAGAAAAUUCGUGUGUCUUCAUAUUUGCUUACUUAGUUGUGCAGUGUGUGUAAGGUACAUAGGUAACUACAUUGUCAGUAAGUAUGGACUUGUACAUAAGAACUUUUAUACUCUUUAUCACCCAAGGAAUAUCGGCAAAGUUUCCUUAGUAAUGUAAAUAGGUCUUGUAAACAUAAUUGGGUCAAUAUGUAGAAGAGGGUAGUGGGUUAUUUUCGAAACAAUUUUGAUAUUUUUCUGCAUGAAGUCCACUGCUUUCAACGAUUCUAGACAUUGUUACUGCCUGUAAUGAACUCAAGUCGUUUUACUUAACUAUUUGGUAUUUGUUACCGAGAGCGAAGCACCCACAAGAGACGAAAUCCUAAAGCCA